GUUUUUGAAUUUAUGUCAUCUCUCAAAGAGUGUUUCUGGUCUUUACAACUAUUGCUCAGUGCAGAAUAUAUCUGAGCAUGCACUGGUUUAAAUAUUGAAUUUUUGUACAUCCAGUACACUACAAUGGACUUCAUGCACUUUAUACCUGCAUGUUACAGAUAACUCCAGGCCACCAACAUUAAAUUGACCAUGAAAUAUAACAAGGGGCAUCAUAGAAAUUUAACUGUAUGGAAGUAAAUCUAUGGUCUGAUCUGUGCUGCGUGCGUCUAACGUGAAGAGGACAUGGCAACGCAGUGAGAUGCAAUGUUCUCCUGAGAAUGGAUCCUUCCAUUCCUGCAGAUGUUGCAGCAACAUGGGUGAAGGUAGCACAUUAGCUUUAGCAUUUAGCCCAUCCUGUGAAGAAGAAUAACACCUUUAUUAGGUAAAACAUUCACAUUUUAGUCCAAAAGAACAAAAAACGAGCAGCAUAAGACAUGGAUAGACAGGUGCUGCAUGGCUUAUGAUUUCUCCAAAUAAAGUUUUUGGAUUGAAUUGUUUUGCUUUGUUAUUUUCAGGCCCUUCCUCCGGUACCAAAAAGAGGAAUGCCUUUGGGUUUUUCCCUGAGUGGAUCUCUACCAGACACAAUGUCCCAUCCCAGUGAAAUGCCAACCAACCCAAACAGGGCGCAGACACACAGAGGAAGGACAACUCCGCCGUUGCCCGCUAACAGAGACUCGUUCCACCCAACAGACUCAAACAAUUCAAGUGAAUUUUACAAAGAAAUGGUGCCGGUUGCUGAUCUGAGCCAGGUGGAGAGCCGGAGCCAAUCCCUGCCGUAUCUGGGCAACAACGACGACGAGGAGAAGGAGGAGGAAGAGAAAUACUCCAACAAGUUUAACAGCCUCUCUGUCACAGCGUCCGCCCCGCCAAAGAAGGUCACCUGCCUCACGUACUCCUACCACACUCCAGGUGUGACUCAGAGCAGCUCCGGGUCAGAACCAGAGAACGGCAGCCAGGACCAGCUGAGACCCAACCCUCUGUACCAAUCCUCCGAGGCCGCCGCAGGAAGUCCAGCCCAGCAGGCAGACAGCAUGUACGCCGAGGUCCCCGAGGGCCCGACGCGGACCGCCGACGACACGUACGAGCAGAUCCCCAGAGACGGCGCCGGCCACAGCAACACGUACGAGUCGGUGGAGGACGUGAAGAACAAAAAACCCAAAAGCACUUGGGGGAAAAAUAACAUUAACUGGAAGAAAUUUUUCCCUGAUAACAAGAAGAAAUGAAUGAUGCGUCCCUGAAGUUCGUUCUGGAUCUUCUGCUUCUCUAACCUCUGCUGUCUCGACUCUGGAGUGUUCGGGUUUCCUGGUUAAUAUAACAGCCAUUUCCUCAGUUCAACUUCAGUAGCUGCAUUUCCAUUAAUUGUAUAAUUGCACAAUUUGACAUUUUCAAGAUAAAUUUGCUUUAUGAAAUUUAGAAAAAAAAUCAUUUUUGAUAAAAACUUUUGGCGCUACGAUGAAGUGGUUUAUUUGGCUGCAGCAGAAGAACUUUUUUGCGUCACACGGGUCACAUGAUCAACAACCGGAUGUUGCCACUGACGCAAACCACGAAGAAGAAAAAGACAGGAAGUAGUUGAAGGCUGAUUUAAUGACUUAAACUUAAUCACGUCUGAUUUUAAUUGUGUUUUUAAUCAAUGAAAACUCUGCUAUUGUAAUUGUGUUUUUUUUAAUUAAUGAAUUAUUGACAAAGUUUUGUGAAAAGUUUUGUAAUAGAAACACAGAUGGUGACCUGGCUUCCCACCCGGUUCCUAAUCAACAGUAACCAGUCAGAUCUUCCUUUUCUCAUCCUGUAUUUCUGUUUUUCUCCUGUUGAUAGUUUAUGAUUCAGUUAGUUUAUGACUCCUGGACUUUACUGUUUGGUUUUUCUUAUUUUAAAUUGUGUAAAUUAAUUGUAAACCACUGAGUUUCACCUGUCUGCUUCUUGCCUCAUUGCGUUACACUAUUUUAUGAGAAAAUGCUUCCAUUCUAAGUCACAGAGAAAAAAUAAAGGUUUUAGUUGAUGAUCCAUGAACAUUAAACUGAAUGUAAUGUUCAGUUAGGGUUGUAGUCAUGAAAUGAUUCUGAUAAAUCAUAAAGCACAACUAUUAGCAAAGAUUGGAUUUAUUUGUAAAUGUUGGGAAAAUGGGAAUCAGUAACUUAGAGUUAACCUGAAUGUUUUUUGUCAUAAAACCAGAUUUAGAGAAGCAGAUUACAUAAAUUAAUGGAUUAAACAUCAUCCUUCAGUGGAAAGGUUGCUGGUUCAAUCUUUGUUUCAUCGAUUUAUUUUGUAUUUUUCAAAUGUUCUGUCUUUGUUUAUAAAUUUAUUUCUAUUUGAUGACUGCUUGUUAAGUUUCCCUGUGUAGGAAUUUAACUAUCAGAGACUCAAAUUCCAAGAAUUUCUGUUAUGUUCUGUUGUUUCCCUCAACUUGACAAUAAAUUUAUUUAAAAAUUA